AUGGCUUCUAAGGAGGAUAUUGAGAACAUUAACAAGUCAAUCAAGAGAUUGUCUACCAUGAUGCAAGCACUCACUACCAGAGUCAACCUGCGUUGUGGGUCGUGGGUGGAGGCUGCUCGAGGCUGCUGGUGGUUGGUCGAGGUUACGGGUGGUUGCUCGAGGUUGCCGGUGUUUUCUGGUGGUGUUCGUGGGUGCACUUGGUGGUGGUGUUCGAGGGUGUUGUCUCUCUCUCUCCCUCCAAUUGUCAUCCUCAAUCUUUGUCUUUCUCACUCUCAAAUUAGGGAAAAAAGCGAACAAGCUAGAAUCAAUGCCGGAAAGAAAUUGUAUAGCCAUCAUAUGGGUUGUAAGACCUUUGCGGAGUCAAGACCAAAGUGGGUCAGAGCGGGUCUAUACCCCAAAUCCAUAAUGUCAUCAACUGAUAAACCACUUUCUUCCACGGUCACAACUUUGGUUAAUCGUGCAAUUGACUGGUGGUGUGCUAUGCAUGGGAUGGACAAGAAAACCGGCAAGUAUGUCAUGCAACCGGAUAAGAAAGUAGUAGCAGAUGCACUUCUCGAGCAUACUUCGGAAGUGAUUGAAGGCAAGCUGACUCCAAGCAUCGAACAUGAUCCUUUCACCUUAGCUUUGGGAAAACCAUACCACCCUGGGCGAGUAAUUGGUUUUGGCGGGAAACAACUAGGGUGGGAGAAGGUGAUGGGUUCAGAAUACACCAAAUCAGCAAAAAGCAGAUCAAGUGUUAAUUCGCCACAUCGGAUUGAUGAGAAGGAAAAGGAAUCAAUUAAGGCAGAGAUACGCGCGGAGUUGCAAGAACAGAUGCAAAAUCAAUUCAAUGCCAUUUUGAAGCACAUGAACUUUCCGCCUUUGCCAUUUCCCUCGAGUACCCCAGUAGACUCAUGA